AUGGGCAAUGAAAAUUCAAUUCCUAUGGAGCUAUGUUCAAACUUCGACGCGGACGAGAUCCGGCGGCUGGGCAAGCGCUUCCGCAAGCUGGACCUGGACAACUCGGGCGCGCUGUCCAUCGACGAGUUCAUGUCGCUGCCGGAACUGCAGCAGAACCCGCUAGUGCAGCGCGUGAUCGACAUAUUCGACGCGGACGGCAACGGGGAGGUGGACUUCAAGGAAUUCAUCCAGGGUGUCUCGCAGUUCAGCGUGAAGGGUGACAAGCUGUCCAAGCUGCGCUUCGCCUUCCGCAUCUACGAUAUGGACAACGACGGGUACAUCUCCAACGGAGAGCUCUUCCAGGUGCUGAAGAUGAUGGUUGGCAACAACCUGAAGGACACCCAGCUCCAGCAGAUCGUGGACAAGACGAUCCUGUUCGCGGACAAGGACGAGGACGGCAGGAUCUCCUUCGAGGAGUUCUGCAACGUGGUGGGCAACACGGACAUCCACAAGAAGAUGGUGGUCGACGUU